AUGGUCUUACUAUGCAUAUUUCGUAUCCAGAGUUAUCAUGGGAAUCGGAGAGUUGUUACGUUAGACUACAUUAUUGUUACUCUGCUCACUCCUCUACUUUCUCAAUGGUCUUACUAUGCAUAUUUCGUAUCCAGAGUUAUCAUGGGAAUCGGAGAGGGCUUCUUUUUCCCGUGCCUUUCGAGUUUGGUUGGUAAGUGGUUCGCGCCAGCAGAGAAGUCCACAGUUGCUGCGCUGUACACAUCCGGAAACCAGCUAGCAGCCUCUCUUUCUUCAUUGAUAUCAUCAUAUUUGUGCACGCUGAGUAUCGGCUGGCCUUCGAUAUUCUACUUAUUCGGUGGAUUGGGCUGUAUCUGGCUCGUUUUAUUCUGCUUUUAUGUGACUAAUUCACCGACAACUCAUAAAUUCAUCUCAAAUGAAGAGAGAGCGUAUCUAGCUGGGCAAAUCCAACAUACUCACGCAAAGACUAUCGGGCCGCUACCAUGGAGAGCAAUGUUUACUUCUACUCCGUUGAUUGCUGCCGUACUGUGUCAGUACACUUACAAUCUUCAAGCCUCUUUACUGCAAGCUUUCUUGCCCAGUUUCAUCAAGGAGGAGCUCAUGCUCCCACUUAACCUUAAUGGAUACUACUCUAUGAUUCCAUUCAUCUCUCAGAUGAUAUCAAAAAAUAUUUUUGGAAUAAUAGCCGACUACCUCAAACGAAAUAAAAUUCUAGGCCAUACCAAGUGUGCGAAGAUCUUCCAAGCUAUAGGUAUGCAAGUGGUUUCAUGA